CGUCGAGCAGCGGGACUCCAGGCUCUCACUUCCCCAGCUGCUGACGUCAGCUGGCAGCCUGGGCUGUGCUCGCCGCUCCGGACAUAGCGCCGAGAAAAAUGCUGCUCUCCGUACCGCCAAGGGCAGGAAUCAACCCCUACAACGGCUACAACAGCAGAAACAGCAAAAAGGCCUAUGUGUCCUCCGGCCACCAGAUGGCGCCCCCCAGUCCCAACACCAACAGUAGUAGCAACAGCAGUGGCGGAGGAGGGGAACAGCUGAGUAAAACGAACCUGUACAUCCGCGGCCUCCAUCCAGGAACCACAGACCAAGACCUGGUCAAGCUCUGCCAGCCGUACGGCAAAAUUGUAUCGACCAAGGCCAUCUUGGAUAAAACCACCAACAAAUGUAAAGGUUAUGGCUUUGUGGACUUUGACAGUCCAGCAGCAGCACAGAAAGCUGUUACAGCUCUGAAAUCCAGCGGGGUCCAGGCUCAAAUGGCCAAACAACAGGAGCAGGACCCCACCAAUCUCUACAUCUCCAACCUGCCAGUGUCUAUGGAUGAGCAGGAGCUGGAGAGCAUGCUCAAGUCCUUUGGCCAGGUCAUUUCCACACGCAUCCUCCGAGAUGCCAACGGGACCAGCCGUGGUGUUGGAUUUGCCAGAAUGGAGUCCACAGAGAAGUGCGAGGCCAUAAUUCAGCAUUUCAAUGGCAAAUUCAUCAAGACUCCACCAGGAGUGCCUGUGCCCACAGAGCCCUUAUUAUGUAAGUUUGCAGACGGAGGUCAGAAGAAGAGGCAGAACCAGGGGAAGUACCUCCAGAAUGGAAGGCCCUGGGCUAGAGACGGAGACACGGGAGGAAUGACGCUUGCGUAUGACCCCACAGCUUUACAAAAUGGCAGCUUCUACUCCUCACCUUACAGUCUGGCUCCAAACCGAAUGAUUGCUCAGACUUCUCUGUCGCCCUACAUUCAUUCUCCUGUCUCAUCCUACCAGGUACACAGCCCGUCCUGGAUGCACCAUCAGUCAUACCUCAUGCAGCCAGCUGGUACAGUUCUUACCCCAACAAUGGAUCAUGCCAUGUCCAUCCAGCCCACGUCCAUGAUGGGACCUCUCACCCAGCAAUUAAGCCACCUGUCCCUGGGCAGCACGGGCACAUAUAUUCCGGCCAACACAACUAUGCAGGGGACCUACAUCCCCCAGUACACCCCAGUGCCUCCCUCCAGUGUCCCAGUAGAGGAGAAUGGUGGUCAACAGCAACAGGUUGCCAUGGAGACUCCCGCAGAACACACAAACUACUCAUACCAACACACCAAGUGAAGCUAAGCUCCCAGCAGGGUGGGGCUGAGGGCACGAAGUGAAUCCGACCAAACAGGAUUCACAUGGAAGAGAUCUGUGCUCCAUACCAUCACUAAGCACCUGGACUUGAACAUGGAUGACAAAAGGAACAUGUGUGUGAUUGUGAGUGUGUUUGUUUGUAUGCGUGUGAGUGUGUAUGUCUGUUUUGUUUUGUUUUUUUUAAGACAAAGGACAACACUUAACGUCAUUGGACUUUUCUGCUCACAUCCUCAAGAGUUGAUCAACCAAAGGUGGGAAUCUUCUUCAGAGAAGCUUUGAUCUAUUUUGAUAACUGAAAAAGGAACAUAACAAAAGAAGCUUAAAAAAAAACUUUAAAAAAAACGUAGGAGGGGAGGAAAAGACACAGAGCAUUAUUUUUGUGCACGUAAUAUAACAAAUCCUUAUUUUUAACAGAGCAUUCUGGAUGUUUCAGAGUGAUUCAAGGAAGAGUUGAAACACAAUGUGUCUUUUAUUUUUUUGUAAAAUAUGCAAACUUUUAUUUUUAUUUCCUGAUGUCUGUUGUUUGACAUUCUAUUUGCAGCAGUGGGGGCAACAAUUUGUACAGAUUUAAAACAGUGCAAACACUUUUGCUGGUCUGAUGUGUCGAGUCAUUCUAACCCUAAUGGUAAACCGUUUAAAGCUACUUCUUCCUGUAACUGCUGCAGAGAUUUCUAUUCAUGCAUGGAUGAUGAUAACAUUGACUGUUUAUAGUUUAUUCAAAUUAAGUUUUUUUUUAACUUAAAAAUCAUCCUUUCAUACGUGAACAAAAGACAAUCAAUUAUUUAUAUUUAUAUUUGAAUUAUAGUUCUAUUUUUUAGAAUUUUUAGGUCAUUGAAGCAUCCAUUUUUAGAAGAUACCUUAUUUAAUACUGUAGUCUAUGAAGGCAAGACGAAAUAGACGUUAAGAGCUUACCCCACGCAUUAUUGAGCCUUAAUAUUUGACCCGUGAAAAUAAUUUUUUGAUGGUUGGAUGACUUUAAAUUCACUUCAAGUCCGGCAUUCACCAUCUGAAAAGAAACAAACAAUAAAUGACACUUGUUCAUUCUAAUGCUGCAUUCGGUUGCAACUGGGAGUUUUUUGACAUUUGUCAGAGAAAAUGCCACCAGAAGUUAAUUUUCGUAUACGGUAACUUAGAUUGUGGGUUUCUCACCUCCAGAAACUUUCAUUAAAUCUGUUGACAUGUAUCAAUAUUGUCACAGUUCAGUAAAGCCUUCACUGUUUGCUGAAGUUAACACUUUAGCAUUUGCCUUCUACAUUUGUCCCGGCAGUUUAAUAAAUGGCUGCAUUUUGAAUAAAUAUGAUACUAAAAUCUGUGUAUUUUAGCUGUUAAAGCUGACCACAAACAGAAAAUCUAAAGCCCCCCCCCCAUUCCACCUCGAUGUGGUUUCAAAUUCCUGCUUCACACUUCCAGGGUACAUUGAAUGCAGCACUGUAGUCCUCCUGUUGUUUUAAUGUAACUCCAUGUUAAAUCCUCGUCUGUGAGAAGUGGUUUUAAGCGGUUUUGUUGUGGCAAACCAUCAGGUAUCAUUAAUUUCAUCCUCCGUCAAAGGGAUGAACAUGUUUUAGAAACGAGCAGUUAGAUUACUGAGAGAUUUGUGUACAAAGAACAAUGCAGUUACUAAAUUAAGAUAUAGUUUAGCAAAAGCAAUGAGGGAAAUCAAAUGGAAGACUAACAAAAUCCCUGAGAAUAAUUUGUCUGCUAGGAAAGGGAGCUGUAAGUCUUUUUUCAAUGCUGCUGUCACCUGAGUUUUCUCUGUCAGUGAUUUUUUUUUUUAGUUUGUAGAAAGUUAAUUGUCUCCUGUUUUUUUCUUUUGUCUGUCACUUGAAAAUCUUUGAGCUAAUUUGCCUUAUUUUUGAUGAAUUAAUCUUAGAAGUAAAUUAGAGUUUAGCUGUAGAUUUUAGCUUUUUAUAGAAUAGAUGUUAGCUUUUCUCUGCGUAAGGAUUGAUGCUGUUUUCUUGUGCACAUCGACUUUUCUCUUGUUUUCUUUUCACAUGAAUUUCCGUUCCAAACUUUGCGUCGUCUGUCCUGACAUUGUGUCUGGCCUGUUUGUAGGAAGCCUUUCAGAAUGGAGAACUGAACCAAACGAUUAGUUUAUCUAGUGCUGAUGCUAAAGAUUCAUACUGAUGCUGCGUCGGUGCUGCGGCUCAAACAAGCUUAAGUACAGAAAAAGCUGGAUAUGUUUCAUAUUCUGUCAGUCAGCACAUCGAGUGGAGCUCACGUCACCAUCCAAAUAUGUUGAAUUUUAAUUUAUACAGACAUCAAAAACUGUAGAUAUGUAGAUAAUAGAAAUAAUGGUUUUACAAAGGACUGCUCACUAGACCAUGGAAGUGCCAUUAAAGACAAUUCUUACAGCCUUUAGUGAGACAGCAAGUCUGAAUGAAUUUGUGAGUGAUCCAAAAUUCUGCAAAAACUAUUUUUAGCUAAGCCUUAAUGUUUUUCUCUCUGGAUGAACUGCCUGUUUUCUCAUAGGACAUUGAUUUGUAUAUACUGCGGAAAUGGCAGCAGGCUUCUUUGAGUUAGUUGGUAAAUGGUAAAUGGUAAAUGGACUUGCUCUUAUAUAGCGCUUUUCUACUCAUCAGAGUACUCAAAGCGCUUUUACAACAAUUGCUCCCAUUCACCCAGACACACACACAUUCACACACUAAUGUGCAGGUUGCUAAUCAACCUGCAACAUCAGUCAGUAUACAUUCACACACCAGUGGAACAGUCACUGGUAGGCAAUUCGGGGUUCAGAAUCUUGCCCAAGGAAACUUCGGCAUGCAGCACAUGACUAGGCGAGAGCGGGAAUCGAACCGCCAACCAUUCGAUCAUUGGACGACCCGCUCUACCACCUGAGCCACAGCCGCCCCAGUUGUCGUCUCAAGUCAGCUGCAGGGUUCCGAGGAGCUUUUCUUCCUGCUCCUCGACCAUCCAUGUUUGAAUCCAGUGAAAAGCAGAGCGCGAUAACGUCUUUCUUGAUGCUCACCGUUCGAUGAUUCUGUCUCUGGCUCGUCAUUUCCUCACGUUGGCUUUUUUGCUGCGUGUUUCUGUUGUACAUCUCUGCAACCAAAGACAUUGUAGCCACCCACCGUUUAGCUUUCUGUCUCAGAUAAACCGCUCUCCUCAUCUGCUGUCUGUAGCUGGAUAAGAUGCCUUUUUAGUCGUUCUGAUAGAUUCAGAAAGAGAAAAGGCUGCAAUAAAGGUGUUAACAUGCGCCCGUCGUUCCACAUUAUGGCUACAAUCUAAAGUUUAUUGGCUCUGUCGCAUAAAGGACAUGCAUCCGAAUAUUUCAACUCAUUUUCAUGAAUGCAUAAAUAAAUGUGUUAGUAGAGUGUUGAACUUUCUUGACCUCGGCAGACAUCCAGGAGGAACACAGAGCUCAGCUUUUGUAAUGUUGUCAAACAUGAGAGUUUUCAGACACGGGAGCUAAUUUUGUAAAUAGCCUUUCUUUCCUUCCACUUGCUCUUUUCACCAUUUUGUUUGUUUCUUCUCGCGUGUUUUCUUGAUUUUUUAAAAAUGAUUUAUAACCUGUCCAGAUAACACAGUGACUAGCAAGUUUUCAGAUUCAGUGCACCAUGAAGGAAAAAUGUUCAGAGAAAUGAUAUUCCAUGUAUUAGCCAUCACUUUUAAUACAAAAACAAGAUUUUGGAACUAUGAAAUGACUUGUUACAAUGCAGUGCUUAUUUAUUUAAAUUUUUUUUACAACAAUAAUGAUAUUACAGGAAAUCAUUUUGCUGUGAGAUGAAUUGAUUUUUAAAAUUACAUGACCUUUCUAGGCCUGCUAAAAGCAGUGGUGAACUCCACCAAUAGUACCCAGCAUUAGAAAGAAAACAAACCUCAUUGCACUUAUUUUUAGUCCGCAUCAAUUUGUGUGCUCUUUUUGUCCAUCCUAUUGGCGAUUGGAUGACUUGUUUCAUAGUUUCAAAAUGUUUUGCUGCUAAAACAGGAUUUCCAAACAGGUGGUUGGAUGUUGUCCAUUCUGGAUUUUCAAAAUCUCUAAUUUUAUUUUGGUUGAUACCAGUGCACCAAUUACCUAAUGAUGCUGAUACAUAGUAAAGAGUUUUCUGUUAUUUUGAUAGUGAGCAGUUUAAGCAGUUCAAUUUCAAAUCGUAACUCAGAAAUGUAAUCUUAAGGGGACAUUUCUGAUCAGAAAAUGCUAAAAACACGUCUCGCUGCUCAACACUGUAUGAACCAAGUUUAUGUGAAUUGCAAGCAUUUUGAAAAUCCAAUGGGCCCAUCUUACUGCCUGCUUGCGAACGGUUUUCUUAUUUAUACAAGAACUCAUUUUGUACAGUUUUGUUAGAGGAAAGAGGUUUUGAUAUUUGUUUUUUUUUUUUGCAAAUGCCACUUGGCUACUUUUGUCUUCCUGUGCCAGAGUUGCUAAAUUGUCUGUAACUUUUGUUUUUUUUUAUUGAUUGAAAUAAGAUUUUACUUCUUUCUGGGUUUUCUCUUUGAAUUUGAAUAUGUCAGUUUUUCUUUUUUUAAUAAAAGCCUUGUUUCAA